UGCUUCUGGAAUAAUCGUUCAGUUUUGUGUAUUUUAUUUCGAAAAUUGAGUCUUUAGGCGCACAUUUCCUUCAAAGCACGUCUGCUUCUAGGGUUUUCUGUCUCUCUCUCAAGUCUUUCGUGGACUUAUUGGAAAAAUGAGCCGACACCCAGAAGUGAAGUGGGCUGAAAGGGAGGAUAAAGUGUACCUUACUGUUUUGCUGCCAGAUGCUAAGAAUCCCAAGGUCAAUGUUGAUCCGGAUGGAACAUUCACAUUUUCUGCCUCUGCUGGGACAGAAAAUAAUACUUAUGAGCUCAAACUAGAACUUCUUGAUAAAGUUAAUGUAGAGGAGUCCAAAAUAAACAUUGGUGUACGGAACAUCUUCUGUGUAUUGGAGAAAGCUGAGAAAAAAUGGUGGACAAAACUGUUGCGAGGAGACGGGAAGGCGCCUCAUUAUGUUAAAGUAGACUGGGAUAAAUGGGCCGAUGAAGAUGAUGAUACUGGAGGACCUGCAAAUUUUGACAUGGAUGGGAUGGAUUUCUCCAAAUUCGGUGACAUGGGUGGCCUGGGAGCCAUGGGAGGCCUUGGAGGCAUGGGAGCCAUGGGAGGCCUGGGAGGCAUGGGAGAUGAUGCAGGUGAUGAUGAUUUUGAGGACAGUGAUGAUGAAGAAGUCAAGAAACCCGAAGAGAAGGCCGCCGGUGACAAGGCACAAGGAGAAUCUUCGGAGGGCAAAGCGGAACCCUCGGCAAAUUAACUAAUAUGAUGGGUAAGGUUCCCAAAUUGGUAGCAAAUCAGUAAGGAAUAUGAUGCAUAUGGCAUGGGUUGGUCUGUUUUGCCUUAGCCUUAUUUUUGCACUGACGAAGCAUUUCCUGGAUGGGCUGAAACUUAUUUUCACCCGUUUGUUUGACCGUGGUUAUUAUUUAUUUUAACUGAGUUUGGAUUGUGACUUGACUUGAAUAUGAAUGUAUUCGUUUCGCAUAUUAAUCCCCCA